CGGAGCUUCCGUUCAGUUAUGUUUAUGCUCCGCACGAGGAGUGAGCUGUAUGUUAAAGAUGAGCGGGAUAGAGGCUUGGUAUAUGGACGAGUCCAGCGAGGACCAGAAGCUGCCUCACAGACUGAAGCCGAACCAGCCCGUGACUCUCAAACAGCUCGAGCGGAUCGGAGUUUAUUACUGGAAGUUAAAUGCUGAUAUUUAUGAAAAUGACCCCGAACUUCAGAAGAUCCGUGACGAAAAGGGUUAUUCCUAUAUGGAUAUCAUAACGAUUCACCCGGAUAAACUUCCUGAUUAUGAGAACAAAGUGAAAAUGUUCUACGAAGAACAUCUUCAUCUUGACGAUGAGAUCCGCUAUAUACUGGAUGGAUCGUCUUACUUUGACGUGAGGGACAAAGAUGACCGCUGGAUCCGAAUAGCUGUGUCUAAAGGGGAUCUUAUCACACUGCCGGCGGGAAUUUACCACAGAUUCACCGUCGAUGAAACCAACUACACCCAAGCCAUGCGUCUGUUUGUCGGGGAGCCGGUCUGGAAGGCCUAUAACCGUCCAGCUGACGACUUCGACAUCCGUGAAGCCUACGUGAACUCCCUGAGGUGCCCUUGAUCGGUGACCGUCGGGAGAAUCAAACUCUGCUGUGCCUUUAACAAACACUUUCGACGGGAGCACUAGAUCUAAUAAAUCAUUACUAAAUAAACCCACGACUAUUUUAAUGUUUUGUAGAAUUAACUACAUACUGUUCAGCUUUCAUGAAUGACUCGUUUGCAUUCUAUACUUGUACUGAUUAUAAUUUAGCAAUGCUGCAAGGAAACACUGAACUAAAUAAAGACCAGUAAACGGUCUUGUUAGACGAGAAACUGUUUGUGUGUAUGAUCACUAACACGCUAUUCUCUAGACAUGCUGUACUAUUCAUACAGUAAAUAAGCAGUGUUUAUAGACAUAUUAUGCUAUCGAUUGACUUAAAAGAGACUAUUAAUUCGAUGAUGUAAAAGUAUAUUUGUUCUAUGAUUAAAUAAAACUCUUAUUUCCUCUG